CCUGUUGGAGCCUCAUUUGGAAAGUUGAGCAACAAAAGGAACGACAAGGCCGGUAGAAAAAGCUGGAAAGAGUCGUCGUCCCCCCCCCAGCAGUUGACAGCACUAUCAGAACUCCGUCACUUUAAAAGAAGUGGAAGUCAAGUUGUUUUUUACGAAACAGAGGGGACGCCGGUGUGUUCUCCGUCUCCGGUGACAUCUGCUGGUCGAAAAUCUCCCCGACACCUGGAAGAGCAGCGCCUCGGCCGACCAAACAGCAUGGCUCAUUACGACCCGUUGGAUGACAAGGACUCUGUGGAUAUUCACGACAACCUGCCUCUCCCCGACAACGCGGUGAAAGAGGAGGACAACACGGUCUACUUCGUCUACGACGAGGAGGUAGAAGAGGAGGAGAAAGAGGAGCCUCCUCCCCCGGAGCCGGUGAGACCGGUGAACGACAGGCCGCACAAGUUCAAGGACCACUACUGCAAGACGCCAAAGUUUUGCGACGUCUGCGCGCGCAUGAUCGUUUUGAACAACAAGUUUGCGCUGCGAUGUAAGAAUUGCAAAACCAGCAUCCACCACCAGUGUCAGUCCUACGUGGAGUUCCAGAAGUGUUUUGGCAAAAUUCCUCCGGGAUUCCGGCGAGCGUACAGCUCUCCUCUGUACAGCAGUCAGCAGAAUGCGACAGUCUCCCAGCUGCUGCCCUUUUCACAGUCGAACCGCACUGACCCCGUGUUUGAGACGCUGCGCACCGGCGUCAUCAUGGCCAACAAGGAGCGGAAGAAAGGCCCGGAGGACAAGAAGAACGUGAUGAUGAUGAUGAUGGAGGAAGAUGAGUCCCAGCCCAAACAGGAGGAUGAGGGAGGUGAAGGAGCGAACACGGAGGGAGACAAAAGGGGCGACAAAGCUCCUGCUGACGACAAGAGUAAAAAGCUUCAGCCGGGGAAGAUCGGUGUGUUCAGUCAGUCCCACUACUAUCUGGCUCUCUAUCGCUUCAAGGCCGUGGAGAAAGACGACCUGGACGUGCUUGCCGGGGACCGAAUCACAGUGACAGACGACUCCAAUGAAGAGUGGUGGAGGGGGAAGAUCGGAGAGAGAACGGGCUUCAUACCUGCCAACUACAUCAUCCGAGUGCGAGCAGGGGAGAUGGUCUACAAGGUGACGCGCUCCUUUGUCGGCAACAGAGAGAUGGGCCAGAUCACUCUGAAGAAAGACCAGAUAGUGGUGAAGAAGGGGGAGGACGUGAACGGCUACCUGAAGGUCAGCACGGGACGCAAGCUCGGCUUCUUCCCCGCCAACCUGCUGCAGGAGAUCUGAGGAGGACCAGCAGGCGUCAGGCGUCACGUCGAAGCUCCUGCCAGCGCUCAUGGUGCCAAUAAGCAGCGAUGCUGUAGCACGUCAUUUCUUUUUGAUUUCAAACACACUCUCAUUUGUUCCUUUUACAACGUCGUACAUCACAACACAAAGCUUACAUGCACAAGCAGACCUAUUAUUAUUAUUAUUAUUAUUAUUAUUAUUAUUAUUAUAUACCAGACUAUUUAGUUGUGACAUUUAAGCAGUUACCAUCAAAAGAGACCAGGGUUAUGACUGUAAUGAAAAAGGUUGAAGAUCAUUUGCCUAUUUCUUUUAUUUUGGGUACAUUGUUUUCAGGCUUAUACAAACGAUGGGAGUGUCUAGUAGCAGAUUAAGCAUUAUUACUUAUCUUCAUUUAAUAGAAAAGCGAUUUCAUAUUUGUUUUUUUGCAUAUAAAGACCCAGCAUUUCUGUUUGCCUCUUCAUAUUAUAAUCAUUUUUGUAACAGCAGUGGAAAUCUUUCUUGAGUGCCAAGUGUCACACAAGCAGAAAGAAAAAAAAUGGGGGGGAAUUUGUGCAAAGGUGCAGAAAUUUGUUGUCACAUUGUUAUUAGUGUCAUUCAUGGGCAGAGGCGAGAAUUUAUCCAUUUGCUCACAUGUCGGGGAGCAAAGAUUCAGAUGAGGCGGAGGCAUUUUUCUACAACUUCAAAGGGAUGCUGAGCUAUUUUCUCCAUGUACCCUGGGUGCAGUGUAAUUAGCCAAAGGAACCAGUGUGGGGAUGGUUUGCUGUGUAUAGGGAGAUCAGGAAUGCGGGGAAUGGCAUCUGUUUGUCCGUGGAGACAUUCCGGUGUUGACAACGGGCCUGGAUAACACGGCACCGAGACAAACAGACACAGUUUCACUUUUUUGACCUAACUUCUGAUUGUCCUCUGAGUGCUAUUAGUGAAGAAUCCUUCCUUUCUUUGUUCUUCUUCUGCUCUUUCUCCAUUUGUUUGCCUAGUUUAGAUUGAUUCACUCAGUCUGAACCUGUUUGUUUGCUUUCUUCUCCCUUACACACACGCACACGCACGUACACACACACACGCA